AUGCCCGCCCCCAACUUUGCGGCCGCCGUCGAAGACCUCGCCCGCACGGCCUCUCUGCCCUCCCCGCCACUGGCCACGCUCUGGAUUCGCCUCAAUGAGCUUCGUGCCCAGCUGCAGGCGUCGGCCCCUGAGCUAGCAAAGACAGAUGUCCAGUAUCUUCUAGAGAAGCUUCAAUAUAUUGAAGAUGAUAUCAAGGCGCUGGAAGACCAGGAGCGCAUGCAUCCAGCCUCGGAAAUUGCUGACACGCAGGCUUUCGACCUCUCUGCAGCCCAUCGGUCAGCAGACGAAACGAUCGCUUUGGCGCUCCACACAACCUCUGCGCUCCAUGAUCAGACAGGGCACAUAAACGUCUUGCUAGAAAAAAUCUCAAAUCUAGGGUCCAAAGUAACCGUCGGCCGACACUUGCUCUCUAGCCUUCUGCGCUCCGAACAGGCCGGCGCAGUCAUCAUACCUCUGCUUCUCAUAGUUAUCUCAUUAGUAUAUUUACUUAUGAAGCUACUUUGA